AUGGGGAGGAAAGGCUGCUCUGCUCUCAUGCUUCUCCUCCUCUUUAACGCUGUGGCCUGGAUGGAAGCUGAGGUUCAAAUAACCAUUUACUUUCCUCCUCAGAAGCUGACAUGGGAGGCAGCAAGAGAGUACUGCCAGAAGUACCAUAUAGACAUGGUCACCUGGAACACGGUGGACCCAAACCUGCUGACGACGUGGCUGCUGGAAAGAGGCUUCACUACUGUCUGGAUUGGUUUGCACGAGGAUCCUGAGGAGUCAUUGGUCUGGAGGUGGAUCAAUGUGAAAACUGGUGAAGGCUUGACGGGUGAUGACGUCUCCGCCAGCUGCAACGGAAGCUUUACGCCUGGACUCGGCGGCAGCUGUGGCUCCUACAACAGCCUGACCAAACAGUGGGAGGGCAUCCAGUGCUUUUUACAGAGGCCCUUCAUCUGCUACGCUGACAACCUGGUCGUGGUGACAGAGAACAAAACAUGGGAGGAUGCUCUGAGUCACUGCAGGGAAAUGACAAACGCUACCUUCAAAUACGACCUCCUGAGCGUUACCAACUCGUCUGACUACGGCUACGUCAGCGACCGGAUCUACAGAGCCACCACAGACGAGGUUUGGACAGGACUGCGUUUUCUGGGAGGGGAGUGGUGGUGGUCGGACGGAAAGACGUUGGACCACCAGGAGAUGCUGCCGGACUGUCCGAACCAGCGGAGACACUGCGGGACCGUCUCCAAAUGUAGCACACCUAACAGGACCAGCAGGGACUGCUCAGAAAGAAGAAACUUCAUCUGCUCUCACGAAAAAGUUGCAAAUCGGGAUAAAAAUGUGCUGGCCUCUGCACUCUAG